CAGACGCCCUGCUGUUCUCAGUGGAGCUCCGCCUCCCGCGCUACGUGCCGCUGAACGGGUCGGCGCGGCUGGGCUGCGAAUACGACGUGCCGCUGGACCAGCUCCACAAGGUGGAGUGGCUGCGCGACAACGAGAAGAUGUUCCAGUUCGUGCGGAACCGCAAGCCGCCCUUCCGCCUCUACACCGUCACCGGCGCCGUCAUUGACAGCCCCAGCGCGGCGCGCCGCUGGUGCACGUCCGCCAGGCCUCGUACGUGGUGGGGGAGCUGCUGGAGGCCAAUUGCACGUCGAGGCCGGCGCAUCCUGUCCCGCACGUCACCUGGCUUCUCAACGGGGACAUGGUGA